CGCUUGCAGAAUACAACAGAGCUUCAAGUCUCAAGUGUAAACGUCUCAUCUACACCCAAUUCGACCCAAUUGAUGCGAUUCUGGAUCGUAUCAUGCCUGCGUACCAAUGCCACUGCUGCACCAAAGGCUCAUGAGCUGCGCCACGGCUCGGCGUGCUUUGUCUAGCCUCUCCUCCAGCUCAAUUCGACAUCCGAUAAUCGCCCAUACUAAAACUACGACUCUUGGAGCACCAUCACGACGGUUCUACGCUAUCGACCUUAUUUCAAUAGAUGAAAAAUGGCGCCAGAGGUGGAGAGAGUCUCAUGAGACUUCUAAGGCCUCCGAAAAGGGGACAGAUGGCCAGGAUAAGCAUUAUGUGCUGCCAAUGUUUCCAUAUCCCUCGGGCACCCUCCAUUUGGGUCACUUGCGAGUAUACUCCAUUGCCGAUGUCGUCGCUCGAUUCCGAACACUAAGGGGCGAAAAAGUCAUGUUACCUAUGGGAUGGGAUGCCUUCGGCCUGCCAGCUGAGAACGCUGCGAUUGAACGAGGAGUUGCCCCAGAAAAAUGGACAAGAAGUAACAUGGCCAAGAUGAAGGAGCAGUUGGAACUCAUGAAUGGGAGUUGGGAUUGGGAUCGCGAGUUGUCAACUUGUGAUCCCGGAUUCUACAAACACACACAAAAGCUAUUCCUCAUGUUGCACGAGAGAGGUCUUGCCUACCAAGCCGAAGCUGAGGUCAACUGGGACCCUGUGGACAAAACAGUUCUUGCAAACGAGCAGGUUGAUGCUAAUGGCAACUCGUGGAGGUCCGGUGUAAAGGUCGAGAAGCGCAAACUCAAGCAGUGGUUCUUCCGCAUCUCUGAAUUCCGUGAAGCCCUUCUCGAGGAACUUGAGGCACUCGCAAAGGAAAAUGCUUGGCCGGAGAGAGUCUUGGCCCAGCAGAAGAAUUGGCUGGGCAAAUCAACCGGCGCUUCAGUCAAAUUCCCCGUUCUAGCCAUGGGCCACGAUAUUCAUGCAGCGAUCGAAGUAUUCACCACUCGGCCUGAUACACUCUUUGGCGUUCAGUAUGUGGCUCUUGCUGCUAGUCAUCCGAUCGUAGCUAAGCUCGCUGCUUCGGAUCCUGAGCUACAGGCUUUCAUCGACACCAUCCCUGGUCUACCUGCGGAUUCCAAGGUCGGCUAUUUGUUGCCUCACCUGCGGGCUAUUAACCCACUUGCAUAUCAUGAGGAGACUCCCGAUGCCACCAAGGUCUCGUUGCCAGUUUAUGUUGCACCAUAUGUCUUGGGUGAUUAUGGUGAAGGCGCUGUCAUGGGUGUUCCUGGCCACGAUCUGCGUGACAAUGCGUUCUGGAAAGAACAUCACUACGAUGUGCCAGUCCGACAAGUUCUCUCUGCAUCAGAGGAUGGGUCAACAACAGCUAUGAAGAACGAGCCUUUUGUCGAGCAUGGAGUUAUGACCGAACAUAGUGGUUCCUUCAAGGGCAAGAAUUCAGUGGCUGCUGGUGAAGAAAUUGUCAAGCUGCUUGAGAAGGCUGAUCUUGCAAAGCCUGUCGAGAAGUGGCGUCUCCGAGACUGGUUGAUCAGCCGACAACGGUACUGGGGCACUCCUAUUCCCAUCAUUCACUGCGACUCCUGCGGCCCGAUUCCUGUGCCAGACGAACAACUUCCUGUAAAGCUUCCUGAUGUGGACUGGGCAGAGACGCGUAAUGGAAGUCCUUUGGAGUCGUCUCCUGAAUUUGUCAAUACCACUUGCCCCAAGUGUAACGGCCCCGCCCGACGAGAUACAGACACCAUGGAUACAUUCGUUGACUCGAGCUGGUACUAUGCUCGGUUUGCUGAUCCUCAUAACCAGGAACAGCUAUUUUCUCCUGAAGCUGGCAGAACACUUCCCGUCGAUACCUAUAUCGGUGGUAUCGAGCAUGCGAUUCUCCAUCUUCUUUAUUCCCGCUUCAUCUUCAAGUUUUUGGCGUCGACCUCUCUGCUUCCUCAAUACAACGAGGAAACCUACAACUCUGCGGAGCCUUUUAAGCGCCUCAUCACUCAGGGCAUGGUCCACGGCAGAACAUACAUCAACCCUGACAACGGCCGCUUCCUCAAGCCCGAUGAAGUUGACCUGACUGAUCCCAAUCAGCCCAAGGUGGUGUCAUCCGGAAAAACGGCCGAUGUCUCUUUCGAGAAGAUGUCAAAGUCAAAAUACAAUGGGGUAGACCCCUCCGAGUUCAUCUCGAAAUACGGUGCUGACGCUACUCGCGCCCACAUGUUGUUCCAAGCCCCUGUUGGUGACGUGCUCAACUGGGACGAGGCCAAGAUUUCAGGAGUCACCCGCUGGCUUCAGCGACUCCACGAUCAGAUUGUAGUCAUCGCUUCAGAAGCCUCUGAUCAAGAAACUACCGCCCGAGAAUAUAUUGUUGAGAAACACCAGAGUCUUGGUUCUGCGUCCACGGAAGAGCUUAAACAAUGGGAUGCUGAAGGAGCCAUUUGGCGGCAUCUCCAACGAACCAUUACAUCAAUCACUACGUCUUAUGAGGAAGUAUAUUCCCUCAACACUGUGGUGUCGGAUCUUAUGAUCCUGACUAAUACCUUGGCUGAAAAUGAUGCUGCCAGCCCGAUUGUCAAGCAUGAAGCAGCUCGUGCUCUUAUUUCUAUGAUGGCGCCCAUCACGCCCGCAUUUGCCGAGGAAUGCUGGGCACUUCUUCGCCCCUCCGCAUCCUCAAUCUUCUCGUCCGCCAGCUUCCCUGUGCCUGACAACUCCCUGGCCGAGCUCGUUCGCCCGCGAAUACAGCCUUGCGCCGUACAGGUCAAUGGCAAGGUGCGUGGUGUGGUCGAUAUCCCCGCCCCUCCAGCUGAGCUGUCUGGCGAUGAGCUUCGGGACUGGAUGGUUAGGGAGAUUCUUGCUACUAAGGAGGGUGCUGCGCGGUUUUCUGAAGGGCCAUACGAUUUGCGCGCCGCUAAGAGAGCGAUUCCUGUAAGAGGAGGCAAGACGAUCAAUUUUGUUUUAAAAUAGACGCCAUGAUGUGGUCAAGCCGAUUGUACGAUAUCUGUAAAAUAAAGACAAAAUAGACAGUGAUAGACAUUUGAUGCUUUGCAGUUCUAGUGAGAUAGAGCUAUCAUUAUGCGAAGUGAAGUUGAUAUAUACGGA